ACUCUCAUCAGAGAGCGAGUAGGUCAGCUCUGCAUUCUGCCAUCCUCAAGUCAAGCAUCGUCUCCGAUCGUCUCCAAUCCGUCAAUACAGCAGUCAGAUGCGUUAGUUAACCCGUCAUCAAAAUGCAGAACAUCUUCAACAAUGUCAAGUCCUCGGCCUUAAAAGUGGGCGAAUACUUUACGCCCGUGCUCAAGGAGUCUAAGUUCCACGAAACGGGCGUGCUCACACCCGAAGAGUUCCUGGCCGCGGGUGAUCACUUGGUCCAUCAUUGUCCUUCUUGGCAAUGGGCUGCGGGCAGUGAGGCCAGCCUCAAAGACUAUUUGCCCAAGGACAAGCAGUUCCUCAUCACCCGGAACGUGCCUUGCUACAAGCGUUGCAGUCAGAUGAUGCUCAAUGGCGAUCAUCUCGAGAAGGUCUUGGCUGAUUCUGAAGGCGGAUGGGUGGAUACCCAUCAUUUUGCGGAUACUAUUGCGGAUCAAGUCUCGGAGAUGACUUUAGAGGAAGGAAACAAGGCGGAUGUCAAGGCUAAAGGCCAGGCAAAAGAGGCGCUUGAGGGUGAGGAUUCGGAUCAAGAAGCCGUGGAUAUGGAGGAUUUCGCCGAAAGCGGCAUGCUGGAGGCCCAAGAUCCGGGAUUAGUACCCACCAAAGGGGAGAAAGAUAAAAGUAAAGAGGCCAGUGGGGGCGGGGGCGAGAUUUUGGCCACCCGAACUUAUGAUCUGAAUAUCACUUAUGACAAAUAUUACCAGACGCCGAGACUUUGGUUAUUUGGUUAUGAUGAAGAUAAGAAGGCCUUGAGUAUGGAGCACAUGUAUGAAGAUUUUAGUGCGGAUCACGCCAAUAAAACGAUCACGAUGGAGACCCAUCCCCAUCUACCCGGACCUCCACAGGCCUCGGUGCACCCUUGCCGACACGCCCAAGUCAUGAAGAAACUCAUUGAUCAGAUCAUGGAAGGUGGCGGUGAAUUGGGCGUGCACAUGUAUCUGAUUGUAUUUCUGAAGUUCGUCCAGGCCAUCAUUCCCACUAUCGAGUACGACUUCACGCAAAACUUCUCGCUUUGAUCAGAAACGCACAUUGGCGGAUUGUGAUACCACCCAUUGCUUGUGCGGACUAAUAUGGAUUUUAUGAUUGUAAAACAAGUCGACGAUGGACGAUUGAUGAAUAAACGGAUCGACAUAUUGUUUAGCUUCCGACGCUCUCAAGCCAAGUGAUGAACUAAUUUUCUAUUCUUCUGUUCUGUCUUCUUACCUGCCCCCAAAGA